AGAUUACGUCGGCGUGUAUUCAACCGUGCGACUCUUGUUCGACCUAAACACGAGCCGGGAGUGCGCCUCUUUCCUCUAUUUUGAGCCGGAGACAGAGGCACGAUGUCGGGAGGCUGGUGGGACAGUGAGGCGGUGACCCACGUCCUCAUGGCGCUGUUCGCGAUGGGCUCCUGGGUCUCCGUGAACAGUUUGUGGGUCGAGCUGCCGGUGGUGGUCAAUGUGCUGCCCGAAGAGUGGAACCUGCCAGCCUACCUCUCUGUCCUCAUCGCGUUUGGAAACCUGGGUCCGAUCGCAGUGACCAUCACCCACCACUGUGCUCCGGGCCGGCUCAACGAACGCCUCAUCAUCCACAUUAUCCAGGUGCUGGCUGUUGUCACGGCAGCAUUUCUGGCAAUUUUCUGGUCUCACACCGUCACUGUGGCUGGACAGGAGCGGUCCAUACCAUUUUUCUUGUUUACUUUUGUUUUGUCAUUUGUUUGCUGUACAUCAAAUGUCACUUUUCUACCGUUAAUGUUUAGAUACCCUCCUCAGUAUAUACGCACCUUCUUCAUUGGACAGGGUUUAAGUGCCUUGUUCCCCUGUAUUGUUGCUUUAGGACAAGGCGUUGGUAAACUGGAGUGCAAAUCAGUCAAUGGCACAACCAAACCAGAGUAUCUGAAGGAGAAUUUUCCUGCACAAAACUUCUUCUGGUUCUUGUUUGUAAUGCUCACUGUGUCCGCUUUGAGUUUUAUGGCGUUGACCAGAAGACAGACGGCUCAGAUGCACAUCCCUCCAGAUCCAGACAACACCAGUGCAGCAAAGAGCGGGGAGGAGACACACCCCCUCCACAAUGGGACGCCCGUGUCAGAGCAGCAGGUGCAGCUAGAAGAGCAGCAGCCUCCUGCUCACUCAUUUUGGACACUUCAUAAUGUUUACCUUCUGAUUUUAUUGGCCUUAUCCAACGCUUUGACCAAUGGAGUCCUACCGUCUGUCCAGAGCUUCACCUGCCUCCCCUACAGCACCAUGACCUUUCACCUCUCCGUUGUCCUGGGCAACAUCGCAAACCCCCUCGCCUGCUUCCUGGCCAUGUUUUUUAUUUUGAAGUCAGUGAGUGGUCUGAGCUUCCUGACCAUCACUGGAGGAGUCUUCGCUUCAUACCUCAUGGCUUUAGCUGCUCUCAGCCCCUGCCCUCCGCUCCUCGGAUACUCUUCUGGUAUUGCGUUAGUAGUGCUGUCGUGGAUUCUGUUCACGGGGAUCUUCUCAUACCUGAAGGUGGUCAUCGGGACCUUGCUUCACGAGGCUGGACACUCCGCCCUUCUCUGGUGCGGCAUCUUUAUCCAGGCCGGGUCUCUCAUCGGCGCUUUGGUCAUGUUCCCUCUCAUCAAUGUCUACCAUGUGUUUUCUCGCGCUCAGGAGUGUGUAAACAACUGCAGCUAGCAUCAAAACAGCAACAAAUACAUCCUUAUUCUUAUGGCAUUUUACUGCUCAAAGACUAAAUGGAACUGUUGCCCUUUGUAUCCCAGAGACCAGAAUGAAGAGGUCUUGGAGAAGUUUAAAUGUUUCCCAGAUAACUGUGUCUUUGUGAGCAGAGAGGAGCCACAGGGAAGUGAAGGUUCUCUAAACCACGUGUGCUUUAUGUUGUUGUUGAUGCGGAGGAGAUGGUGUGCAGUCAUGUGCCAAACUCAGGGAGACAGGCUCUAUAUUAUUGUACUGUUUACGACGUUUCUGCAGUAACAAAGCACAGUUCAACAAGUGCAUUAAUGAAUGUACAAGCCACAUGUACUUAAUCAAGAUGAUUUCACAUUUGUUUUAUACUUUGGAAAUGAUUUUAAUAAUAUCUUCUCCAUUUGAGCUGUAUAAUUUUAAAGUAACAGUACUUUUAUCUGAGCUCAGAUAUUUACUAUUGUUCAUUUACUUAACAUGUCUGUGGAAAGUAUCUUCCUACCUCUUUUUAUAAAUUCAAAACAAUUGUUUUCCAUUAAUGAUUUACAUUGGAUUUAGAUUAUUAUGUUGUAUUUAAAGGUGCACUUAAAGGUGAACUAUGGAACUUCUGAUGGAGGUUCAGCCACCUUCUUGUCUCCAUGGAGAUGUGUUUGCUUUGUCUAGUAUGGCAGUAAACUUAUCUCCAUGACACAAGCAGGUGAUGGCAUCAGACCAGGUUAUAGGUACAGCUCCCAGUAAGAAUGUUUAAUAAAAACACCUGCAGUGUUUUAUUAUCUGAGCAAGAUCAAUAACUCCAGAGACAAGCAGGUGGUGGACUCUCCACCAGAAAACCUACAUAUUACACCUUUAACAUGUAUAACUGUUUUAAGUGACAUUCCCUUUAGUUUUGCCUCCUAUCUUUUCCUUUGCUCAUUCCACCUUUACUUGAAGGGAGCCACAAGUGUCAUUUGCCACACAUGGAUAAAAAAAGGCCUGUUCACUGGCCUCUCCAAACAUAUGUCCUGUGCUCAGGUCUCUGGCUCCUGUGGCUCAGAGAAUAGACUUUAAAGCAGCUCUGUGUGAACAAGUCUCUCCAUGGACCAGCACCAAAGAACAUCUCCCACAUGUUAGAGCCACAUGAACCAUCUCACACUCUGAGGACUUCAGGGACCGGCCUCCUGCUGGUUCCAGAGUCAGGACUAAACAUGAGGAAUCAGAGUUUCAGUUUUAUGGAGCUAAAACCUGGAACAGUGAGACAGGCCUCUACUUUGAUAAUGUUUAAAUUUAGGCUCAAAACAGUUCUGUUUAGCUGCAUAUGACUGAAAGGUUUUUAUUCUGCACUUUCCUCCUUUAAUGUUAAUUUUAUGAUUAUUUCUGAUCAUUUGUUGUAUUGUGAUUUUAAUGUCUUUCUUAUUCUUUAGAGCCCUUUGAAUUACUUUGUGUACGAAUUGUGCUGUACAAAUAAACUUGCCCUGCCUUUAAAUGUUCAGAGGCAUUUAAAACUAAUCAAUGUUUUUGUUUAACAGUAACACACUAAACGGUGCCAUUUGAGGCUAAAAGACUGAUUUGAUCUGAUUUGUUUUGCACUAAUUUCCCUUGAUAAAUAAUCAUGUCCCUUCUGUGAUUAAACUUGAAGCUGACUGUG